AAGAAACAGACAGCAACGCACUGAAAAAGAGUUCAGAGUGAGACGUAGCCGUCCCGAACGACCCGCAAACGCCGAGCAACGCGACACUGAUGUUAGCCAUGGAGAGAUCCGUCAGAUUCGCAUUAGUGCUGGUGGCCGUCUCCAUGCUGAUUUCGCACCAUCCUACAGACGCGUGGUACAAGCAGGCGACCGGUCCAAGCUACUACUCUGUCGGCAGGGCGUCGGGUUUGCUGUCUGGCAUCCGAAGAUCACCCUACGCCCGGAGAUCCGAGCCCGAAUCGGUGCUGGACAGCGGCGAAACACCUGCAAACAGCGUCCUCCCCGACCUGGGAAAUCGACAGACCUCAAUCCUGAAAACGAUGGCGAUUUGCGUGAAAGACAUUUCGCCCAAUCUUCAGAGCUGCGAACUCGUGCAGGACGGCUCGAGCACGUUCCAGUGCAAAGCGGAUGUGCUCCUCUCGCUCGACUCACAAGACUGCGCAGGCGUCUGAUCUGAGCCGCGAUGCCGCGUUACGGACAGAUGACACCGAAUGUUUCAUUUACACUACAAAAAAAUCCCAAAGUGUGUGACGGAUGUAAUUAUGU